GAAUACGUUCAGCCUCAGCCCUCCCCAGAAAUAAUGCAUGAAUAUGGAUGGGCUGUUGUGCCUGAGUCUAUUCAGUGCAUUGGACUACCUCCAACGUUGGCAUAAAACCACCAACGGCAGAGGAGACCACACCGUCCAGUCCGAAGGAUAAUGAUGGGGAGCCAUGACUCAAAAGGGCUUCUGAUCACCGAGAAGGGUCUGUCUGGCGUGUCUGCAGUGAGUGACAUGUUGCGCUCGUCCUAAACGCUCAUGCGUCUCUACUGACUGGCCAAUAUGUUGAGCCGACUGAUGAGUGGCAGCGACCGGAGUCUUGACAGGGAAUUCAACUGUACGGUGCGACUGCUGGACGACUCGGAAUACACUUGCACGGUUCAGAGGGAUGCAAAAGGGCAAUGGCUGUUUGAACAGGUCUGCCAGCAUCUGAACUUGCUUGAGAAAGACUACUUUGGCAUCAGAUUUGUAGACCCAGACAAGCAACGGCAUUGGCUGGAGUUCAGCAAGGCAAUUACCAAACAAAUGAGAUCCCAGCCACCCUACACUAUGUGUUUGCGUGUUAAAUUCUAUCCUCCGGACCCUGCAGCUCUUAAAGAAGAGAUCACUAGAUACCUGGUCUUCCUACAGAUUAAAAGAGAUUUGUAUCAUGGCCGACUCCUGUGCAAAAGUUCAGAUGCUGCCACGUUGGCUGCAUUUAUUCUGCAGGCUGAGAUUGGAGAUUAUGACCCCGGGAAGCAUCCGGAAGGUUACAGCUCUAAGUUUCAGUUUUUCCCCAAGCAUUCUGAGCGCCUGGAGCGCCGCAUUGCUGAGAUCCACAAGUCUGAGCUGACAGGCCAGAGUCCUGAGACAGCUGAGCUGAACUUCUUAAAGAAAGCUCAGACUCUUGAAACAUAUGGAGUAGAUCCACACCCAUGCAAGGAUGUGUCUGGCAAUGCUGCAUUUCUCGCAUUUACCCCAUUUGGCUUUGUGGUACUACAGGGGAACAGAAGGAUUCAUUUCCUCAAAUGGAACGAAGUGACCAAACUGAAGUUCGAAGGAAAGACAUUUCAUAUAUAUGCAACUCAUCAAGAGGAUCAGAAGAUCAUCUUGACUUACUUCGCUCCAACACCCGAGGCCUGCAAGCAUCUAUGGAAGUGUGGGGUGGAAAACCAAGCUUUCUACCAGUUUGAGAAAUCAAGUCAAGUUCGCACAGUAUCUAGCAGCAAUCUUUUCUUCAAAGGCAGCCGCUUUAGAUAUAGUGGUAAAGUGGCCAAGGAAGUGAUGGAACAGAGUGCCAAAAUCAGACGAGAGCCUCCAGAGAUCCACAGGGCUGGGAUGGUCCCAAGUAGGAGCUGUCCUUCCAUCACUCAUGGCCCACGACAGAGUAGCGUCCCUCGAACACGGAGAAGAGCAGUCCACAUUUCCAUCAUGGAGGGUCUGGAGUCCUUGCGUGACAGUGGCCAUUCCACGCCGGUCCGAUCGGUCUCCAAUGGGAACUCAUUCCUCCGCUCCCAUGGAGCCGAGGGAGGACACGGAACAGCUGAAUUUUCGGAGGACUCUUACAGUCCCUCUGACAGCGUGCUUCCCACACCGGUGUCCAGCGACCCCUCAGACCCGGCUCAGGUUCGCCACACAAACGGCCCCCGCACUGUUCAAGAGGAAGGAGGAACUGAUCCGUGUACUCAAAACCAGGCAAGGCCACAGGGCGUUAAACCCAAAGGGAAACGUUCUCAACUGGAGAAGACUAGGCCAACCCAACGCGUCCCGGAGGAAGGGGUGAACCAGUUCAUCUGUAGUUUGGCACGUCUUUUCUUAGUGACCCUGGCUCUGCUCUUUGCCCUCCUCCUACUUCUUAUUGUGCUAACGGAGUCUGAGCUGGACUUGGCCUUUCUUAGGGACAUCCGGAGGACACCCGAAUUCCAGCAGUUCCACUAUGAAUACUUUUGCCCUCUUAGGCGCUGGCUGGCAUGCAAGUUGCGCUGGAUGGGUGGGCAUCUCAUUAAUAAAUGAGUGUGCAAUCACCCCUCUCCUCAGAGAGUGGUCUACAAGUGGGACAUUCUGAGCAUUAUGGUACCAUGAAAUCAAAAAGAAAUUACUAUUAUCUACAUAGCCAAAGCCUUGGACUUCCUAAUACCAUGCCAAGACGAGAAAACUGUGUAUGUUUCAGCUCUAGUUAUUGUGAAAUUGUUCUCUGCAACACUACUUUAUAGUCGGGUUAAAAAAAAAAAAAAAAAAAGGUAUGUAUAGCUCUUUAAAUGCUGCCGUCACCCAAUUGUAAUUUAUCUACCAGUUAUAUAUAAUAUCUACACUGAAAAGAAUGUUCACCCAGACUGUGACGAGUAAGACCUCAUACUGCAAUCAAAGACAAAGAUGCCUUUAUCGGUCAGAAAAUAGACAGGGGCCGGGACAGCCAAUAAAGGGAUAGUUCACCCAGAUUAAAAUUCUACCAUCUUUUACACUCCCCCAUAAUACUUUAGUUAAUCUGCAAAAUACAUAUUUAAAUAAAACUUGAGAGGUUUCUGUCCCUCCACUGUAAAGCCACUUAAUGGCCUUAAACAACUUAAUUUGUGUUUUAAAGAGUAACUGAAGUCUUACAGAUUUUAAACAUGAGGUUGAGUAAACGGUGCCAGAAUAUUAAUUAGAAGUGUUUUAAAUGACCUUGCCCUUUUCGGGUGACCCAUCCCUCUAAUGUCACAUGUAAGCUUGAGUGGGAGUUUUUUCAGAUGGUAUUUGGUAUGUGUGAAACGUUGGUAUAGGGUGUAUACUUGAUCCGUACCAUACUAAAACAGUACUGUUUGUCGUUAGUAUGGAUCACAGCCACUGACAGGGUUCUCUUUUAAUGGAGCUUCAGUAACUUUUGAUGAUAAUACCUUUAUAAUAAAGGUUUAAUUUGUUAACAUUAGGUAUGAUAAACUAACAACAAAUAAUCAUUCAUUCAUCUCGGCUAAUGUUAAUUUUACAAAAGUGUGACAUUUCAGGGAUAUACAGUAUGGGUAAAUGAGAUUAAUGAACAAACAUAAAUGAACAAUAAAUGAUAGAUAAUACAUUAAUUAACUUACAUUAGUAAAUACAGUAAAAAUCGUUGAUCAUUUUUGGUUCAUGAUACCUAAUGGAUUAAUGAGUUAACACAUAAUUGUAUAACACUAAGUUGUUAACACUAAGGUAUGGGUCAUCACACAUUUCCACAUAACCUUUAACUAUUAACCCAGAGUGAAAACAAUAAAUAUACUUCCUAUUGCUAUUCUAUACAACUGAAUACUGAUAUUUAGUGGUAAAUGGUGGCCUUGAAUUCGAAAUGUUCUGAAGAAGGUAAAGAAAGUGCUCCUGAAAGACAAAGUAAUGUGAAAUGUUUGAAGGUUUAAACUAUUUCUGAAAGGAAUAAUCUAUAAUUUGUUCAUUUAUUUUUCCAUGCAACAUUAUGCAUAAUUUUGAGACCUAAUUCAUCCACUUGCGCAACCUUAAUUAUCAAAAUUAAAAUGUGACAUAUCUUCUGUAGGUGAUGAUGAAUUCGUUGGUUAACCAGCUGUGUGGUUAAGAAAUGAUCUUAUGUAAAGGCAUAAACUGGUCAAUGCUUUUUUCAGCUUAAACCAAAAUAUGUUAAAUUUCUAUUACUUUUCUGUUGCCUUCAUUAAACACAUUUAAAAGAGUUGUAUUGCUAUAGGCGUAAGACUAGUGGCAGAGUAAUUUAAUUAAAAUUACAAACUGAUGGUAAAUAUACAGUAAGACAUAAAGGUCUGUGGACAUAAUCACAGCUAUAUGCACAUUAAAAAAAAUAAAAUGUAACUGGAUCUUAUUGGUACUCUGGAAAUGUAAGGCUUGCAGCAAAUGCAAAUAUCCUUUAAAUCAUAUUUGGGGUUAAAAAGACUAGAAAGCAACAAUGUUAUGUAAAUCUUCUGUGUAUGUGUCACUUGUGUGUAGCUUCAUAGAGUAGCCUAGUACAACUACAGAAAGUAUGCAACAAUACCAACAAUGGCACAGAUGAAAACACCUACAGCGAAACCCUGACAUGUGUGUGUCUCUGUGGUGGUAAUUAUCAUGAGAAAGAAAUGAAGCAAUACAAAAUGACACUGAUGAGCCAGCGGUGUUUUGGUAACCUAGAGCAAUGCGAUGGUUCAGAAUUGCAUUACAAAUUCAGUAACCUCAGAAUUAGCUGAUUGCUUGUCUACAAAUCAGCUCCCAUAUACUGUGACUGACUAAUUCUUCAGAUCUGUUACUGAUGGUGAUGGACACAGUUUCAGCCUUUUCAGAUUGUAAGUUUCAUUCAAAGCAAUAGCAGCCUGAAACGAAUAAACGCUCAGAAGACAAUCUGAAUGGAUAAUGAAUCACACUGUUAUACGAUGACUCAGCUGUGCCUGAGCCCAGUGAUCUUCCUGCUCACUGUACAGCAUCAGAAUAUUAUUUUCUGUAAAUUACAUCACUUUUAUUUUUAUUGUUUCAUACCAUAAAUGGUCUACCAUGUGUUGUACCAAGAAUACAUCAAAGCAGUUUAUUUUUAUGUUUUUCUAAAAAAAAAUAAACAAACCUUCUCUAAACCA